GAGGCCGGCGGGGUCUCUAUGGCGGCAGCCUGAAGCCCGCGCGGGGGAGGAGGGGCCCGGCCCGGGCGAGGGGGCGCGAUCUGGGGCGACGGGGCCGGGGACCGAGCUCUGGCUCCCGCGCCUCCCGCUGAGGACCCAGGGACCCGCGCCUGCCCUCCGUCCUUCCAGGAUGGACGAGGAGAGCCUGCAGAGCGCUCUCCAGACCUAUGGCGCCCAGCUGCAGCAGGUGGAGCUGGCGCUGGGUGCCGGCCUGGAUCCCUCCGAGCUGGCGGACCUGCGCCAGCUGCAGGGGGACCUGAAGGAGCUGAUCGAGCUCACCGAGGCUAGCCUGGUGUCUGUCAGGAAGAGCAAGCUGCUGGCCGCACUGGAUGGAGAGCACCCGGCCCCGGACGAUGCUGAGUACCUGGCUUUCCAGAAGGCCGUUGCGGAGGGGGUGGAGGUGCCUGUAGCACCCGGCGCAGAGCUGGAGACCGUUCCCGAGCGAGAGGCCAAGCCAGAGCCCAGCCGGCCUGGGCAGGAGGAGGAAGAGGACGAGGACGAGGACGAGGACGAGGAGGAGUGGAGUGGGAGGAAGGUGAACGCGCCCUACUACAGCUCCUGGGGCACCCUGGAGUAUCACAACGCUAUGAUCGUGGGUACGGAAGAGGCCGAGGACGGCUCCACGGGCGUCCGCGUGCUCUACCUCUGCCCCACUCACAAGUCCCUGAAACCCUGCCCGUUCUUCCUGGAGGGAAAGUGCCGCUUCCAGGAGAACUGCAGGUUCUCCCAUGGGCAGGUGGUCUCUGUGGAUGAGCUGCGCCCCUUCCAGGACCCGGACCUGAGCUCCCUACGGGCCGGCUCUGCCUGUCUGGCCAAACAGCAGGAUGGCCUCUGGUACCCAGCUCGGAUAACCGAUGUGGAUAACGGCUACUAUACAGUCAAGUUUGACUCACUUCUGCUGAAGGAGGCCGUGGUGGAGGGGGAUAGCAUCCUGCCCCCACUGCGCACAGAUCCCUCAGGCUCCUCGGACUCUGAUGGCGGCGACGCGGAUGACCCCAGCUAUGCCAGAGUGGUGGAACCCAGUGCUGCUGACCACGGGACCUGCAGCUCCGCUUUCGCUGGCUGGGAGGUGCACACACGGGGCAUCGGCUCCAGACUCCUUGCCAAGAUGGGCUACGAGUUUGGCAAGGGUCUGGGCCGACGUGCGGAAGGCCGGGUGGAGCCCAUCCACGCUGUGGUGCUGCCUCGAGGGAAAUCGCUGGACCAGUGCGCAGAGAUCCUGCAGAAGAGGACCCGGGGCAGGGAGCCUGGUGCCCAGAGGCCCCCGAAAUGCCAGGGACGUGGGGGCACACGCCCGCCCUCCCGAAAUGUAUUUGACUUUCUGAACGAAAAGCUGCAGUGCCGGGCGCCUGGGGCCUUGGAGGCUAGGGUGGCCCCCCCAGGGAGGAGGAGCAGUAAGGAAAUGUACCAUGCCAGCAAGAGUGCCAAGCGGGCCCUGAGCCUGCAGCUCUUCCAGACGGAGAAGAAGAUCGAGCAAACCCAGCGGGACAUCCGGGGCAUCCAGAAGGCCCUUGCCCGAAACACCGGCCGGCACAGUGUGACGGCAGCCCAGCUGCAGGAGAGGCUGGCGGGAGCCCAGCGGGAGUUGGGGCAGCUCCAGGCCCAGGAGGCAGGCCUGCAGCGCGAGCAGAGGAAAGCAGACACCCACAAGAAGAUGACUGAGUUCUAGAGCCCCCGUGCACGCAGUGGACAGAGCUCAGGGACCCCAGCGCCUGGCCUCCCUCUGGAAGACUUGCUGUCACCCAACAACUAGAUGCCACUGGCAGAGGGGCUGGCCUGCUCCCAGACUAACCCCUGCGGCCAGCCUUCUUGCUGGCCUAGGGCGUGUGGACACUGCUGAAUGGAUAUGGGGCUGCAGGGGUCACUUCUGGACACUUACUUGCCUGUUGAGCCCACCUGCCAGUGUCUUAGGGGUCUCCUUAGCAAGGACAUUAAAGUGAUUGUGUUGUGUCUUUCA